AUGACCCCACCACCUGGAGUAUCUCACCAACCUAAUGAAGUAUGUCAUCUUCGUCGAGCACUGUAUGGGCUUAAACAGGCAUCAAGAGCAUGGUUCUCCAAGUUCGGCUCUACCAUUUCAUCUUUUGGCUUUGCUCAAAGCUCAUAUGAUCCUCCAUUGUUUAUUCGAAAAACUGACAAAGGCAUCAUCUUAUUACUUCUUUAUGUUGAUGACAUAGUCAUAACAGGAGAUGACUCUGAGGGUAUCUUGAAACUGAAGGCUCCACUACAUAGCAAAUUUGAAAUGAAAGAUUUGGGCUCUCUUGGCUAUUUUUUAGGCCUUGAAGUCAUUACUCAAUCCUUCGGCCUAAUUCUUUCUCAAAUUAAAUAUGCUUCUGAUCUCAUAACUCGUGCAGGAUUAACUGAUGAUAAAACAGCCACAACACCCUUAGAGCUUAAUGUCAAACUUGGUACAAAUGAUGGAAAACCUCUUAACAAUCCUACAUUCUACAGAGAACUUGUUGGUGGGUUAAUAUAUCUGACCACAACUCGUCCUGAUAUAGCUCAUGCAGUUAAUGUUGUUAGCCAAUUCAUGACCAAACCUCACACUGGUCACUAUGCAGCAGUUUUUCGUAUCAUUCGCUACUUAAAGGGUCAUCUUUUUCAGGGCAUUCUUUUACCACGCACAUCUAAUUUUCAGUUGCGUGCUUAUAGUGAUGCAGACUGGGCCGACGACAUCAAUGAUCGACGAUCUACAAUCGGCUAUUGCAUUCUUCUUGAUGAUUCCCUAAUCUCACGGAGAAGUAAGAAGCAAGCAACCGUCUCUCGCUCCAGCACCGAAGCAGAAUAUCGAGCUCUUGCUGAUACUGUCUCUGAAAUCAUCUGGCUUCGUUGGCUGUCAUCAGCUAGAAGACUAGCCCAGACUGCUAACACUUGUGCAGAAGUUUCUGAAGAAUUUCUCCACAUAACUAAAGAGCAGGAGAAGAAGUACCAAGAUGAUCUUGCUUGGCUAAAUGUCGAGUUAGCUCCUUUUCAAGACAAGGCUGCCAAUUUGGAGUCCCAAUUGAAGAGGAAGGAGGAGUUGGAGAGGUUGAAGGCUGACUUUGAAAAAGAAAUGGAGUCGGUGAAGGUCGCCCUCGCCAAGGAGAGGAAUAAAUGA